GAUCACACAUCUAAGACAAUGCUAACAGAAUAUUUCUCUAUGUGCGCAAAAAGUGAAGAUGCAAAAAAAUAUCUUUACCCGGAAUUUCCAGAGCACUAUGUAUGGGACAAUAAAUUCAAAUGCUGGAAUGAGAGAAAGAAAAGAAACGUGAUAGGGCGGGUAAAUGGUGCAAAUCCUAUUGAAGGAGAAAGAUUUUACCUGAGGUUACUCUUGAAUCAUGUUAGAGGGCCAACAUCAUUUGAAGACUUACUAACUGUGAAUCAUAAAAAAUACUCAAGCUUUAAAGAGGCUGCACAAAGAAGGGGCUUAUUGGAGUCGGAUCAAAGUCUAACGGAAUGUUUAAACGAAGCCAUUUCUUUUCAAAUGCCACACGAGCUAAGAAGAUUAUUUGCUAUCAUCCUGGUUUAUUGUGCACCGACUGAUGUGAAGAAUCUAUGGGAUACUUACUUUGAUCCAAUGUCAGAGGAUUUUAAAAGAGAGCCAGGAACCACAUAUAUGCUUCAACUUGUCAAAACUUUGAAAAGCCUGAAUUAUUUCUUGGAGAGCAUGGGGAAAACCAUCAAAUCAUACGAUCUUCCCAAGAUUCCAGUAGAGUUCAACAAUGUCCAAGAUGAUUUGCCGCGAGAGAUCAAAGAUGAAAUUUCAAUAUCAAUACCUGAAGAAGAUUAUGAGGCAGAAAAUAAGUUGAAUCCUGAGCAACAUAAGGCUUUUUCAAGAAUAUUACAUUUUGUAGAAAGAGGAAAAAGUGGCAUUUUCUUUAUUGAUGGACCAGGUGGAACGGGGAAAACAUUUCUAUACCGUGCAUUGUUAGCUCAUAUUAGAUCCAAGAAACGUAUAGCAAUCGCAACUGCAACAUCUGGAGUUGCUGCUGCAAUAAUGCCAGGCGGAAGAACAGCUCAUUCACGUUUCAAAAUACCAUUAGAUGCAAAUGCCUCGAGUAGUUGCUCUAUAUCUAAACAAAGUGGAGCUGCUGAGCUAUUACGCAAAGCACAAUUGAUAAUAUGGGAUGAAGCUCCAAUGGCUAAAAGAUGGGCUAUCGAGAAUGUUGAUAAAUGCCUUCAAGAUAUAAUGGGAAAUGAUAAAUAUUUUGGUGGAAAAGUUGUUGUAUUUGGUGGAGAUUUUCGACAAGUAUUGCCGGUUGUUCCUAGAGGAACGGCCCACCAAACAAUUUGUGCGAGCUUGGUUAAAUCACCUCUAUGGGGUGAAAUGGAAAAAAAUAGUUCAAAGACUAAUAUGAGAGCCAAAACCGAUUCAAAAUUUAGCGAGCUCUUACUUAGAAUUGGAAAUGGUGAAGAACCAACUGAUACUGAAGGCAAUGUCAAAAUUCCAGAAGAGAUGAUUAUUCAUUAUGAUAAUGAUGAAGACUCGAUACACAGACUUAUUAUGGCUAUUUUCCCAUCUCUCGGCGAAAAUUCUCAUUCAGCUGGUUACAUGACAGGCCGUGCUAUACUUGCGACAAGAAAUGAACAUGUAGACAAAUUGAAUGAGAAAUUAAUAUCUAUAUUUCCGGGUGAAUCGAGAGAGUAUCAUAGUUAUGAUGAAGCUAUUGACGAUACAAACAACUUCUACGACGAGGAAUUUCUGAACUCUUUAACCCCAAAUGGUCUUCCUCCUCAUAAGUUGUUGCUAAAAAAAAAUUGUCCAAUAAUUCUUCUACGGAAUCUAGACCCAUCAAACGGCUUAUGCAACGGCUGAGAUAGUCUUUGGGCAACAUAGCGGAAAACAUGUUUUUAUACCUAGAAUACCACUUUCGCCGGCUGAAAAUGAAG